ACCUUCACUGUGUGCAUCUGAUGUAAACACCAUUAGCUAACUGAGCGACUGAGCCACUUGAGCAUCGUGAACAUUUUGCUAUGAAGGAUUGACGUUGCAGCCUCUACACUGUCUAUAAGCAGGCUACAUCUAUCAGGGGAUUUGUAUUCGGUUAAGUGAAUCGAUGUUGGCUGUAGGAGUUCCACACCUUGGAACUGAAAGAUCAGACAUGCCAGUAGAUCUGUCGUCAUAUCUGCUGGCUUCAAGUCCCCCAGUGUUUGAUUUCUAUGAAUACCCAAGAGAUGAUUUACUGCAGCAGCUAAGAGACAGUUGCAAACAAUCCUUCAAACAGAGAGAAUAUGAAUCUUUCGACCUGCUGCAGUCAUGUGUGGACACUGAUGAUCAGCAAGAUGUCUUCAGAGGAGAGACAACCCCAGAAGACAAAUCCCCAGUGACAGACGCUCCUCAUUCUCUUUUGAUACUGUCAAAAAAUAAUAGACCCAAGAAAAGGGUAACAUUCGCUGAUUACAAUGGGCUUGCCCUUUCAACAGUUAAGAUAAUGACAGAGCCUUCAGAUCAACCUCCUAAACUUCCACAGUCUAUAUUGGAAGCAGUCACAGAAGGAGUGAAAGCAUCAGCCACAAGUGAUGCACCAUUGGAAAUCAAGUUUCCUCAACCAGCAGCUGACUAUAUGAAGUUCAGAGAUAAAAUACAGAAUAAUUUUGUGUCACUGGAAAAUGUUAUUGUAAAGGAGUAUCAUGUUUAUGGUACAGUGAAAGUAAAAAAUGUGUCCUUUGAAAAAAAGGUUUUUGCUCGCUUUACUCAUGACUCUUGGGGCAAAUAUGAUGACAUACCAGCAGAGUAUUUGCCUCUGGGUGCAGGGGAAUCGUCGCAAUAUUCCUCUAUAGAUACAUUCUCAUUUGAGUUUGAUGUGCCUGCUACUUUUGACCCAUCUAAGAGAAUUGAGUUUGCUAUAUGCUAUGAAGAAAAUGGCAUUCAACAUUGGGACAGCAAUGAUGGGCAGAAUUACGGAAUUGCUAAAGCAAACUGCAACUCGGGACAUGUGUCAGAUACUCCAAAGUAUGUUCAGACUGUCACAGACCUCCCAGGUGUGAAAUCUUGGGCAGAUAUCUCCUCAUGGAAAUAUGUGGAUACAUCUGUACCAUAUUGGUAGUAAUCCGGUUAUAAUUGUUGAAUGUUUUUGAAGUUUUCUGAUUUGAGGCAGCUCCUCUGCAACAUAUUACAACACUGAACAUGUGUUUGGUUUGGGUGGCAUUUAAAAUCUUUGCCAUUUUAUACAUUUAAACAAUGUUUCUUUUUAACAAUAUAGAGUAGUCCAUAUUAUGAGUGCUUUGGCACCAGUAUACACUAGCCAUAUUUUUGAAACUUGGGUAAUGUUAAGAAAUGGUAUAAUAAAAAGUGCUAUUGUACCACUUGAUUUGACAGCCUCACAUUGUUCAUUUCGGUGCAAACCCAAAUGCUCACUAUUUUCAUGGGUUUGCCAUUUUACAGUACAACUGAGGUGUUGAUCAGGUCUGUGGAACACUACAAAUUUGCAUCAUUUUCUUUAUACAAGUAGGAUGGAUCCAGGACUAGACUAUGUCACACUGUACAGUCUUAGGUUAUUCUCAUAUGGCAGCAAUAUUUAAGUAAAUGCUUUCACAGUGAUGGUGGUAUUUCAGAGGUCUGUUAUCCAAGUGAUAUAGCAAAAACUGGUUUUUACCUCUUGCACUUAAUUAUAACCAAUAAACAUCUCUAGAAACGGGGAAAAGAACUACCGUCCAUGAAGUUGAAUGCUACAGUCUCUUUGAUGAUAAAGAUGAUUGUCAGCCAGAUAAUGAACCCAGACCACAUGUUUGCGGUUACAUAAAUUUAUGCAGAAUGUGAAUUGCCUCAGCUCGUAGAAUAUUGCACCUUUUCACUGUUUAUGAUUCCUUGAGUCAUCCACACCUGUAUUCAUUAUUUUAUGCACAUCAUUGCCUUUUUUUAACAAGGAGGUGCAAGUUGCUGCAGAGUUGGAAUUUAAUCAAUUCAUAUGGAGAUUGAUGGCAUCAAUCAACCACUUUUACAGGUAUGGUUGUAUUGCCACAUAAAUAUACAGGGUUAGUGUUUUCAGUAAUAUGAAUUUCCAUUGAGCACUGUAUAUAGCUGCUUUGAAGAAAAUUGGCUGAUAAUUCGUACUUCAAAGUGAAAUUCUACAAAGACAUCUUAUGUAUAAUGGUUUUGUGAAAUAUCCCUAUGUUCAUGUUUUGUUAUCAUUUCCAUCUUUUUAAUGUGGCAUAUGAUGCUGAGCUUAAAUUACGUAGACAAAUGAAUACCUUUUUUUACUGGAGAAACAGAGCUAAAUCCAAUAGCACAGCAUGCAAAUGUUAUUUACAUGUGCAUCAACGUUAUAUUGUAAGAUAGUGCAUUUAUAAAUGAAAAAAAUCUGAAGUGUAAUCUGUGUAGGCUGUGCUUAAAUUUGUGCAAUUGUAAAAAAAUGGACAGUAUUAUUAUCUAAUAAUAAAUUGGAAUAUUAUAUUUAAAAUA